AUGGAGGAACGAGUCUGGCUUGAGGGUCACCGCCUCCGGGAAGCCUUCUAUUCCCGCGCUCCCCCAGCUUUUCCACCGCAGCCCGAAUCCCACUGGUCCCGCUCAGGCCUCCUUCCUCGUCCCGACUACGAGUCCCGAGAGGGCAGGGCCGGCUCGGAUUCCUCUCUCUGCAUCCCCGCGGCGUCCAGCCCGGCGCUGGGCCCCAGCGCGUACCACUCCGGGGCUCCCGAGGCGGCCUCUCGGGCGAUCGAGGGCGCGCAGAGCUGGGAGAGCGACCCGGGGCCCCUGCUCUCCGCGCCGGAGGUCGGAAGACAGUGGGUCGCCGCCGCCCGAAGGCCGCACAGUUUCGUGGCGCUCUGGGCGCCCCUAUUCCUGCUGCGCUCCGCCCUGGCCGACUUCAGCCUGGACAACGAGGUGCACUCGAGCUUCAUCCACCGGCGCCUCCGCAGCCAGGAGCGGCGGGAGAUGCAGCGCGAGAUCCUCUCCAUCUUGGGCUUGCCCCAUCGCCCGCGCCCCCACCUCCAGGGCAAGCACAACUCGGCGCCCAUGUUCAUGCUGGACCUGUACAAUGCCAUGGCGGUGGAGGAGGGCGGCGGGCCCGACGGCCAGGGCUUCUCCUAUCCCUACAAGGCCGUCUUCAGUACCCAGGGCCCCCCUCUGGCCAGCCUGCAAGAUAGCCACUUUCUCACCGACGCCGACAUGGUCAUGAGCUUCGUCAACCUCGUGGAACACGACAAAGAGUUCUUCCACCCACGCUACCACCAUCGGGAGUUUCGGUUUGAUCUUUCCAAGAUCCCGGAAGGGGAAGCCGUGACUGCAGCGGAAUUCCGGAUCUACAAGGACUACAUCCGGGAACGCUUCGAUAAUGAGACGUUCCGGAUCAGCGUUUACCAGGUGCUCCAGGAGCACUUGGGCAGGGAGUCGGAUCUCUUCCUGCUUGACAGUCGCACCCUCUGGGCCUCAGAGGAGGGCUGGCUGGUGUUCGACAUCACGGCCACCAGCAACCACUGGGUGGUCAACCCACGGCACAACCUGGGCCUGCAGCUCUCGGUGGAGACUCUGGAUGGGCAGAGCAUCAACCCCAAGUUGGCGGGCCUGAUUGGGCGGCAUGGGCCCCAGAACAAGCAGCCCUUCAUGGUGGCCUUCUUCAAGGCCACAGAGGUCCACUUCCGCAGCAUCCGGUCCACGGCGGGCAAGCAGCGAAGCCAGAAUCGCUCCAAGACACCCAAGAACCAGGAAGCCCUGCGCAUGGCCAAUGUGGCAGAGAACAGCAGCAGCGACCAGAGGCAGGCCUGCAGGAAGCACGAGCUGUACGUCAGCUUCCGUGAUCUGGGCUGGCAGGACUGGAUCAUCGCGCCCGAGGGCUACGCUGCCUACUACUGUGAGGGGGAGUGUGCCUUCCCUCUGAACUCCUACAUGAAUGCCACCAACCACGCCAUCGUGCAGACGCUGGUCCACUUCAUCAACCCGGAAACGGUGCCCAAGCCCUGCUGUGCCCCCACCCAGCUCAAUGCAAUCUCUGUCCUCUACUUCGACGACAGCUCCAAUGUCAUCCUGAAGAAAUACAGAAACAUGGUGGUCCGGGCCUGUGGCUGCCACUAGCCCUUCCUGGAAUUCAGACCCUUUGGGGCCAGUUUUUCUGGAUCCUUGGUCUCUCACUGCCCAAAGUCUCCCGCUGCCCACCUUGACAAGAAGCCAGCAGACCAACCACCUUUUGUGGGACCUUCCCAGCCCUACCUCCCCAACUUGAAAGGUGUGAGAGUAUUAAGGAAUUUGAGCAGCAAAUGGCUUUUGACAAGGUUUUUGCCAGUGGCCUCCUAUGGACAAGAUCCUACAAGCUGCUGCAGGCAAAAUCUAGCAGGAA